CGGCGUGCCUGGCCUGCCUUCCCUCAGUGCGGGGCUUUUUGUCGUGGCUGCGUGUCGCUGUCAGGAGUCGUCGCAGGAUGUGAGUGGCGCGAGCCGGCGCGGCGGAACUGGCGGAGGCGGAGUGGGCGGCAGUGUCAGGAUGUCGGUGGUUAUGUGCUAGUGCCUGAUGCCCGGACCUCGAGUUGUGGUGCCUGCCCUCACUCGCGGUGCCAACACCAGCGCGCGCUCACCUCGUCAGUGCUCGUGACGCCACGCGGCGUUUGCGUUUGGCGAGGCGUCCUUGAGCUGCCCGAAAGACGGGGCCGUGUGUCGCCAAGAGAUUCAGUAGCCUCGCCGAGCCUUCCUUUCGGAUUCAUUUGUAUGAAAGCGGAAAAGAUAGUGCGUGCGGUUGCGAAAGGUGCGAUCGGCCCUGCAUAUCGAUAUCGUCGCGAAUCCUCCGCUGAAUAGCAGUGCGAGCACGGAUUCGGCGCGGCCAGCAGGGCUUGUGAUUAAUGAAUCAGAAAGUGUAUUUCCGAGGUGAAGGGCAAUACAGAAGUACUGUUCUAUUUUAAGUCAGUUGUUUGGGAUUAACGCAAGCGGCCGCGCUUUGUCACAGAGCGCAUGCAAGUGGAGGAGCAGAGUGCAGGUCGUGGCCGGGUGCUCCCAGAAGUGUCACUUCGCAGCGCAAGCCUCCUCGCCCUCCGCGGCAGCCCCAGCACGCGCCUAAGCUGCUCCUCGGUCGAGUGCAUCACGCUCUCGCGCGCCCCGCUGGUCAUGCUUUCUCUGUGAACUUGGUAACCUCGGACGCUCCCACGCUGGUCCAGAAGAGCAGGGAGGGAGGGGAUUGGCGUCCCGGACGGGUUGGGGGAACCUGCACGCUGCCACGGGGGAUGUGCGUUCGGCCGUUCGUUCGCCUGUGCUCUCGCCCGCCAGCCAUAUCCUGAACUGACGCUGAUCCUGAGCGGGCGUUGGUGCGAGUGCGCGUUCUCGUGUGAUCGUGGCUUCUGGCGGCCGAACGAAACGUGCCUCGGAAAGGGAAAGUCGUGACGUGACUGCGUCUGUACGUAAGCCACCCCUCCUCCUUAAAAAUGUGAACGUAAAGACGCGGCCGAGACCUUUGUGACGCGCGGAGAACUGGGUCUCCUGCAACCCCCUCCUCCCUGCUCCUCUCGCCCCACCCCCCCCCACUCCCGGCUUCCUCGCCCCUCCUCCGCGCUCCCCGCGCCUCUCCCCCCAAACAUACCCUUGAGACGAACUGCUACUCCCCAUCCCACGCUCUCUCGUACAUGUUAUUCGCGUCUUUUUGUUGACCCGGAGGAGAGUUUUAUUUGUUUAGGUGUUGAAGUGUGCGUGUGCGGCGGGUGCGGCCGGGAAGGGCCUGUGUGGAGGUGCCCCGCUCGCCGAGUUUGUUCAGAUCUUGGUCGCGAGGAAGGGGUUUUGCCCCGAGUGACGGGGUAAGGAGGGGUGAGGGAAGGGAGUCUGGCUGGGUGCCCGGGGAGACCUAGGGGUGCCAGCGCCGGCUGUGUGCCCAUCCCCCCUCUUGGUGUCUCAGUCACAGCCCCAGCAGCAGCAACAGCAGCACAAGGAGCGCCUCGCCAGCACCAUCAGCCCGCCCCGGCAGUCCCAGCCGGUGGUGAGAGGGGCGCGCCCGUGUGCUAGGCGCUCUCUCUCUUGCACGGCUAUCAUGUGUGUUGUUGGUGAUUAUAGUCUGCUUGCUCGCGCCCCCGCAGCCCCCGAUGCCCAGCGGGACUUUCCCCUGUCGUGCUGCUAGUGAGAGCCGCCUUCGGACGCGGGAGUGAAACUGGAGUGGGACUUGUGCAGUGAGCGAGGUUGUGGUGGUGCAAGUGGGCGGCGCUGCAGCAAGCGGCUUGAGUCGCAGCUCCGUUUUGCUGCGCGAUGUCGGGCUGUGCCAUGGGGGGGCAGGAGGGGUCAGAGGUGCUCCCCUGGUGGAGUCCCGGGAUCGUGCUGGUCCCGAACCGCGGCCGCCCCCACAACGCGCGCGAACCGCUCCGCGAGCCCUACGACAAUGCACAGACAAGGCGCGAACGGCAAGAGCUGCGCCGCAGACGCACUCACAAGGAUCGCAAGAGAAGAGCUCUCGUGCAAAGCAGUCCCGAGGCGCCGGGGAGCGGGAGGUGGCUGCCGGAGUGGUUGGUCGAUGCCGUGGCGACCGUGUGGAGGUGGACGGUGAGCCUGGGGAUGGUGAUGCUGGUGAGGGCAAUAGGCGCAAUUUGGAAAAGUUUGGGAGGUGCAGAGAACUUGUGGGCGGAGAGGGUGAGUUGGAGCAGCGAGCGUGACACCAAUGAGUCAGAUUCUGGUGAGGGGCUCAGUGUGUCUGCCACCCGACCCUCGUCCGGGCCACACGCUCCACCCUGCGGCACACCACCGCCGCCGCCGCCACCCCCGCCACACCUGCCCGACCAGCGACACCUCAGCCACCAAGACGGCCUCCUCCCUGCCACCCACACUGACGAUACACUUGCCACUGCAGGCUCCCGAGAGCCACGUCGUGUGCCUCGCUCCUCCAUGAUCCAUCCUACACGCGACCCUCAAUCGCCAACGCCUCCUCCUUCCUUCCCCUCUGGCCCUCCGAGUGUCGUCCCACGUGCUAGCCCGCCUCCUGGUGCCUCCCUCAGUGAUAGUCGGUCGACGGGUGCCACAUGCCUUACACAAUCUCCGGGUGCCACUGAACGCCCUCUGGUUGUCACUGAACUUGCACACUCUCCGCCGUGCCGCAGUGAACCUGCUGGACAGGAAGAUGACAGGUUGCAAAGUGAGAAUGUGCAGUCAGCAGUUCCGCGUGCAACUUCCUGGAUCAGCAAGGCAAGGGAAGGGACCAGCAUGGACUCAGCGGGACAGGACACGGGUGUCCAAGUUCUGGCGGCCAUGCGAGGCUUCAGCUCUGUGCAGGAAGAGAUGAUGCGUGCCAUCAGAGACGCCAAGGAAACGUCCCUCGCCCUCAUCGAAGACCGGCGCGAUAGUGUGUCCUCUGUGACUAGUAGUGGUUCCCUUGGCUCCCUCGGCUCUCUCGACGCCUACCUGUCGGCGGCCGGUUUAGAGUCGAACGUGAGUUCGUCGGUGAACUCUGCUCGUGGCAGUCCGCUGCCCGACCAUGACGUACCCUCAGUGAUCGAAGCGGUGCCUCCCGCGGCCACCGCCCCCCAUCCCCGCGAUUACGACCAGCGGCUGGAGGAGGACAUCGAGGCCUCCCUGGCGCUGGUGGACCACCACUCGCCGUCUGACACAGACACCGAAAUAGAAGAUCUCUCUAAGGGCGACGAGGGGGUAAAUGUAAGGGGCAACCUCGUGCUGGAGAUUCAUCGGCGCCAGUGGUCCCCAGACGCCACCUUCCCGAAGGACUUGACGCCCCCUGUCAGGACUCCUGAGGAUAUUCUCCCGCCCCCUGAACUCCCCCUUAACCCCGCCGACCCCAGGGUACAGUCCGAGAGUCAGGAAGUGAUCCGAGCGAUAGUGGACUUAGCAAGGGACUCGACCCAGGAGGCAGUGUGUAGCGAACCCCCUCCUCUGUCUGCUGAGGGUGCAGCGUCUCGACCUGAGGAGGUACAGACGUCAGUGUUGUGUCCAGGUGUCCUAACAGAAACGUCACAAAAUAGUGAAUCUAAAGCAACUGAAAGUGUCCUUGAAGGUCAUAUUCCUUAUGAUGAUAAGAAAUUUGAAAAGAGAAAUGUUGAGGGAAGCUUUUGUGACGAUCCUAUAAUUCCCCCGAGCUGUUUCGAUGUAAAAUUGAGCGAAGUCUUUCCAAGAGGUGAAGAAGCAGAGUGUAAUAGGAGUGCUGGCGAUCAACAUACGGCAACACCGCCAGAGCAAGAUGAUAUUCCCCACAGGAGGUCACCCGAUAGCGGUCCAGGGAGCACACUCCUCGUCCUGUCCGACACUGCGUGCGCCGCGCCCACGCGCACGUGGAGCCCCGGCCAGGCCUCCUCUAGGCCGUGUGUGACGGAAGGAAAGGUAUGUGACGAGCCCGAGACAGUAACAACAGCAACUGCAACAAUAAGAACCUCAGGCGCGGGAGAGCAGGCAGCUGCACCGCAUGUGGAGGAAAGGGUAAGGGAAGGAGCGGGAGCAGGUCCCCCCCUCCCGCGCCCUCUUCCCCUCCCCCUGCCGCUUCCCCACGCACACACUCACGCACCGCCAUUGCCACUGCCUCCAUUACGACAUCACGCACUUGCACCGCGAGAAACCAAAUCAAUGAUUCUGACAAAUGAUAAUGAAGAGGACGACGACGAUGACGACGACCUGGCGGACCUGAUGGUGCCCAAGAGCGACCCCAGCCCGCCGAAGCUAGACAUCACCAGCCUGAGGAACGAGAUCAGCGCCAUUAGGGCUGAGAUCCUCACCCGAAAGGGCUCGCACUCCCACGUCAAGGAGGAGUCGGAGGAGCGCUGCUUCGUCUCCUCCUGCGACGACAUCACCAACCUGCGCGAUGAAAUCCUCUCGCUCAAGCAGGACUUCUACUCCCUGCUCAGCGAGAACACGGCCAGCCCCAAAAGCGGCUCCAAGAAGCAGAAGAAGGCGCACAAACAGCACCAGCACCUCAGGGGGCCUAUGCUCAAGCACCAGCUCAAGUCCAUCAGCAUCGACAACGUGGACGACAUCAGGAAGCAGUCCGUCAGGGACCGCAAGGGUGGCUUCGCGCCCUUUGGGUCCGAGGCGAAGGGCGAGGUCGACGCUGUGAGGGGCCUCAGCAGGUCCAGCAUAAGUGUCGUACAGGACCUGAAGGAGGAGCAGGAGGGCAGCAGCAGUAGCGUUAGUCGCCCCUCCAGCGAGGUCUACUACAGUACCCAGAUCAGCACAGAGUCCUAUGAGUCUGCUGCCAGCGAACUGCCUGGGUCGAGGACUUCCCCGCCGUACAAGGCCCUGGAGGAGGACGACUCGAAGGAAGGCUCGGUGAGGGCGUCUAGCGUGACGAGAAGACCGACUCGGGUGAAGGAGGAGGAGGAGGAGGACGACGACGACGCCAAGAAGAGUCCGUUAGAGUGCAGUGCGAGCAAGGCGGAGAUCCUUUCCGAUGAGAAUAAUGAGGAAGAGGAGGAGGAGGAGGAGGAGGGUGACACAGAUGAUGGAGAUAGCGACACCACCGAAGAUGAAUGUCAACAGAUUUUGAAAAAUAGUCGCACGACGAGUGUCGAGAGGGUUUUAUACGGCAUCGAUCCGCCGCCAUAUAAGAUCCGAAGAACGGACAUUCGGGAGCGCGAGUUCGAGGAGGAGGAGCGCGAAGAACUCUUGGGCUCGGAUGACGAGGAGCAGGAAGACCCCUUCGACUACUGCAAGGGGGGAUACCAUCCAGUCAAAAUUGGUGAUCUGUUCUACAACAGAUAUCACGUGAUCCGCAAAUUAGGAUGGGGCCAUUUCUCCACUGUUUGGCUGUGUUGGGACCUUCAAGCAAAACGUUUUGUAGCCCUCAAAGUUGUGAAGAGUGCGUCUCAUUACACAGAGACUGCCUUAGAUGAAAUCAAGCUACUAAAAUGUGUUCGGGAAGCUGACGAGAAUGAUCCAAAGCGGGACAAGACUGUCCAGCUAUUGGACGACUUCAAGAUCAGCGGUGUGAAUGGAACUCAUGUAUGUAUGGUGUUUGAAGUGCUGGGUCACAACCUCCUUAAGUUUAUCAUCCGCUCCAAUUACCAGGGGAUCCCACUUCAAAAUGUCAAGAGCAUUAUUCGUCAGGUGCUGGAAUCCUUGGAUUACCUACACACAAAAUGCAGAAUUAUCCACACAGACAUCAAGCCAGAAAAUAUCCUUGUGUGUGUGGAUGAGUCGUACAUCAGAAAACUUGCUUAUGAGGCAACUCAGUGGCAGAAAAUGGGACUAAAGCUACCUGGUUCUUUGGUGAGCACUGCCCCAAAGCAUUACACUCAACCAGAUCCAAAUGCCAAAAUGUCAAAAAAUAAGAAGAAAAAACUGAAGAAAAAGCAAAAGGCAAAGCAGGCAUUGCUGGAGAACCAAAUGAGGGAGCUGGAAGAACUAGAAGAGAGGGAAGCACGUCUAGCUCUCGAGGCUUGCGAACUGCACACGCCAAACACUUCUGUGCUAAGUAAUGACUCAAGUUUAGAAGAGAGCAGCACUAUGGAACCUCAGACCAAUGGACAGCAGAGCGACAAGCCACCGGAAGUGCUGGAAGAGGAAACCGUAAAGAUCCAAGUAGGGGACACUUCACAAGAGACAGUGCAGCCUCCACCCAAGCUACCCCCACAGCCCAGCCUAAUUACCCCAAGCCUCACCCUAGAGGAGGAGGCACAGCAGAAGCUUGAACACCGCAAGAGUCUAGCUGAGAUGUGUGAGGGCGAUGUGCGACCAGGUGGGGCAGUGGGGCUCUCACUAGACCCUCUCAUGAACGGCCACGACAGUCCUCGCCCAACACUAGGUCGCUCAGAGUCUGAGAUAACCCCAGACAUGAGGCUUCCCCCCGAGGAUGAAGAAGGUGAGGAUGGAGGAGCCAAUUCCAGUAACACAAGUGGAGGCAGUAACAGUGGCAGUGCAGUCGGAAUGCGCAGAGUAGCCUCAUGCCCGGACCACAAAGCCAUUGACCGCACGCCAGACCCAGUUCAUGAAGUGUGUGAUAUGAAGGUCAAGCUGGCUGAUUUAGGAAAUGCUUGCUGGGUGGAUCAUCAUUUCACUGAAGAUAUCCAGACCCGACAGUACAGGUGCCUGGAAGUCCUGCUCGGAGCUGGUUAUGGUUGUCCUGCUGAUAUGUGGAGUACUGCCUGCAUG